UUGCCAAGAAUGUCAGUUUUUUGCACACCGCACAUUCUCCAACAUCUAAUAGAAAUUCGCAGUUAGUUCUAGCGUUACUCGACGAGUGCGACUGUCGUACGAAAAAAAGAAAAUAAAAAGGAAUACCGUGAACGACAUCGCGAAGUGUCGCUCAUUCGUCUCUCCUUUCCUAACCUCACAAUCAGUCCGAAAUUUAUAGCGCCCCCAAGUAAAACGACGUCGAAGUCGUGAGAGGGGUGCGAUACACGCGGCGCGUCGUGUGCUACACGACGAUCGACGUUUACGGUCACGUCGACGUUAGAGAAAAAAAAAAGAAAUACAAGAACGAAAAGAGGAAGGAGAGUCACAGGUUUAACGAUCUCGACAUCGAGCUUUCAUCGCUUCGCCAUCGAAUCGCACGCGGUUCCACGGACGGCAACUCCUCGCCGUCCGGAUUCGCUUUCUCUUUACAGACUUUUUCAAAAUGGCAGCGGCUACGGACGAGCUGAUUUUACUCGAGCGAGUAUUCCUCCGUCUGGGUUCUGCUGAGACAGAUGAGCAAUUACAGGCGUCAGUCUGCAAAUUUUUACCUCCUGUGCUGCUCAAGUUGUCUAGUGGGCAGGAAGGCGUCAGGAAGAAAGUGAUGGAACUAUUGAUCCAUAUAAACAAAAGAAUAAAGAGCAGACCCCAAGUACAGUUGCCUGUUGAAGCUUUACUCCUACAAUAUCAAGAUCCAUCAGCUAGUUCGUUUGUGAUUAACUUUACGAUAAUAUACAUAAAGUUAGGAUAUCCUCGAAUGGAGUUGAACAAGCAAGCGGAAUUAGUUCCAAGUGUACUAAAUGCUAUUGAGGGAAAACCGUUGUCUCAUCAAGACAGCUUAAUGUUAAUCAUAAUGCCAGCAUUAGGACAUAUCAACAUACCAGCAGAUCCUGAUAAACGAGCCUCUCUCUUAGGUUUACAAGACAAACCUUACGUGGCAAAACAGCUUAUAAAUUUUAUGCUCGACAUAUUAUUGUUGCCAUAUGGAUCUGUGGGACAAACGGAAAAUCAACAGGGUCAGCCGAUUGAUUGGUCUCAAUUCACUGUACCGCCGGGCUUAAGCGACUACGCGUUCAAAAGAGUGAUAGGCGAGAGUCCGCCUACAGCCGAGCAACUCGAGCAGAUAAAGUUGGGCAUCGUUAAGUUCCUCGUUGGUGGAUUUUUCUCAGAUACAGAUAUUCUGAUACACUUAAUCGUAGCGGCUGCGGAUACCAGAUUCAGCAUCGCUAAUAUGGCGGAUUUAGAAUUGAAAAAAAUGAUUGGCACAUUGGAUUGGUCUUCGAUGCAACUAGCAGCUCCGCUUUACACAUUAUUCUUGGGUACCGAUGCAUUAGCCACGCAAAAAGAGGUAAAACCUGAAAUGAAACGGCUACCUGCAAGCACACGAAUUCGUCUCAAGCUUUUGCAAUAUCUUUGUCGAGUGACUAAAGCGGGAUUCAUUAUACCACCGUGUAUUCAGGUUAUUUUUGAUUCACUCUAUGGAAAAAACACGAAUGCAAAGUUAAAAUCAUUGGCGCUGCAAUUUACAUCAAAUAUCGUCCAGCACUGCAGUCUAGUACCGUUAACUCGCGUCGCUGGAGUAAUCUUGAAUGGCAUGAUAAAAUUGAUCUCUGAAGGCGAUGACAUGCAUAAACCGAUGGCAUAUACAGUUAUUGGACAACUUGGUCAAAGAAUACCAUCUCUGAUAAACAAAGAUUUAAGUUUGUUACACAACUUAUUCGACACGCUUGUUUCUACGGACGGUGAACUGCGACGUACGGUAAGAGACGCAUUGAUUUGCGUAACAUCUGCGUUUGUGCUAAAUAAAGAGGAUGAGAGCAAUAUAGCUCUGAUGAAUGCUCUAUUGUCGGUACACAUUGAAUCACCAGAAUCGAGCGUAAGAUUUGUGGCAAUGCAUUAUGCCGCAACCGUAUUUCCACCCGAUGACGCUCCAUCUCGGUAUCUCUUGUUAUUAGCAUGUGGUGACAAUAAACACGAGAUUAGUACAGAAGCCAUGAAAGCGCUUUAUGGCGUUGUGCAUAAAAAUGAGGACGAUCAACAAAUUAGCAGUAAGAUAAUGUUGCCCGAGUUUGUGAAAUUAGUAAGUUAUGUUUAUUCGAAGAUGCAGUCGAGAAUGCCCGCUGCGAGUAGUGGCAGAAACACGGAUAAGCAAGUACUCCCGUAUAGUACUGUCACAUUUUCCGAAAUUAUUUCUUAUUUUCGCAUUUGCCUCGCCAGAAGUGCUAAUAUUCCCGCGCGAAAUGAGCCGCUACAGCAUCCAUGCGAAUAUACGCCUCUGAUUGGACGUUACUUGGAGAAAUUAUACAAAGAUCAACCAGAGAUAUUAAAUAAUUAUCUCGACAUGAUUUUACUUUUAAGUCAUUCUUCCGCAGAUCAAAUUUCCUUGAAUGCAUUAUUGGAAGUAUUUGGAUCCGUUCCACAUUAUAUAAUCAAAUCAUAUGAAAAGGAGCUGCCGUGGCUAUGUUCUUUGCUCACUUCUGCUAAACACGACGUACGACAACUAGCCGCGAAAAUAUACGCCGCUAUUACUGGAUACUUACCAAGAAAUGAAUUUGAGAAACAUGUUUCAAGUAUUAUGAACGUUAUGAAUAGAAAAAAUUUGGAAGCACAGCAUGGUGCAUUAAUGGCAUUGACUUAUAUGAUGGAAAGAAAUUUAAUACAACAACGAAAUGGAAAUAAAGAGGAUUUGUGCAAUUGGACGACUUAUAAUGAUAUUGUGAAAGCAAUAUGUACAUAUCUUCGUGACAACGCGAUAUUAUUGAUGGAUGCAGCUAUUCAAGCUGUUGGUAUCUUAGGUAAAACAUAUUCUCUACCUUUACCAGCAGAAGGCGAUAAUGAAUUGAAUAAGAAAGCGAUAGUAGAAACGCUCUUUUCCGUAUUAUCUAAUGCCAAAUUGAAUACCAAGAUGAAAGAAAAAGCUGCGCUUUCAUUGGGAUAUCUGUGUGUCGGCGAGUAUUUUCCGCAUACCGUGGACAUUGCUAAUAAAAUCAUAGCAACUGUCAAAGAGACAAAAGACAUCGAAAUCCAUUUAAUUCUGGGGGAAGCUUUGGUUUGCUGUGUUCAAACGCAAGCUUCUCCGGAAGCAAGAGAUGCUUGGACGAUUUUACCUGCCGAACAUGUUAUUCCAUACAGUAAAGAUAGUGAUGAAUUAUUAGUACAUGUGCUGAAUGAAUUAUUUAAUAUAUACAAAGUGCCUCAUCCAAACUCACGACAGGCAGUAUGUGUAUGGCUAUUCGCACUUCUAAAAUACAACGUUCAACGAGAAUGCAUUAAGGAAAGAUUGUCCACGAUUCAUCAUGCAUUUAUAGAUUUUCUUUCAGAUGACAGUGAUAUAGUGCAAGACAUUGCUUCGAAAGGUCUUAGUUUGGUACAUAUUAACAGCAAACAAGAAGAACGCGAGGCUUUAGUGUCCAAUAUAUUAGAUCAGUUUACACAGGGUCGUAGAACAGUGCAACAAGUUACUGCCGAUACUAAAUUAUUUGAAGAAGGUCAACUAGGAAAGAGCCCAUCUGGAGGCAACUUGUCUACUUAUCGAGAAAUCUGUUCUCUCGCGACAGAAUUGCAGAAGCCUGAGCUUGUAUAUUAUUUCAUGCAUCUGGCAAAUCAUAAUGCGAUAUGGACAUCCAAAAAGGGAGCUGCUUUCGGUUUUGCAGCAAUCGCCAAUAUCGCGAGAGACGAACUGAAUAAAUAUCUACCCAACAUUAUUCCGCGAUUGUAUAGGUAUCAGUUCGACCCGACGCCAAAGAUCCAGCAAAGUAUGGUCAGCAUUUGGCGAGCCGUCGUCCCUUCUACCUCGAAAGCCAUCGAACAGUAUCAUAAAGAAAUAUUGACUGAUGUAACUGAUAAUCUAACGAAUAAUGAAUGGAGGGUACGUAUCAGUUGUUGUAAUGCUCUCGCAGAUCUUUUAAGGAGUAAUGUUCAAUUCGACUUUGCCGAAUGCGGCCCAGAACUCUGGAAAAAACUGUUUCGCGUAAUGGAUGAUAUUCACGAAGGCACGCGAUUAGCCGCGACGAAUACCACUAAAAUACUUAGUAAGGUUUGCAUACGUCAUUGUGAUUCAUCGCACGGUAAUGCGGGGAAAGAAGUUAUUCAAGCAAUAUUGCCCGUGUUACUUAAUAUUGGUAUUGUUCAUGUUGUGGAUAUGGUGAGAUCUAUAUCAUUGCAAACAGUAUCUCAACUCGUAUCUACAGCCGGCGUUCUAUUAAAACCGUCACUCGUCAAUCUGAUACCGUCGUUAUUAGAAACGAUUGGUGAAUCGGAGAAUCCUAAGCUUUCAUAUUUGAGUAAUGUGUGCGGCGCAACCACGGAGACCCAGGAAGCAAUCGAUAAUCUUAGAGCAAAUGUUGCGAGAAGUCAUUAUGCGUCGGAUACGAUAACAAAGUGUAUCCAAUAUAUCGAUGUGGAUGUAUUAAAGGAAUUGAUGCCAAAAGUAAUAGAUUUAAUCAAGUUCAGCGUAGGAUUUGGAACAAAAAUUGCUUGUUCGCAUUUCUUGAUUCUUCUUAGCACGCAUCUGAAAAUAGAGUUGCAGCCAUACAGUGCUAAGAUACUAUCUGCUUUGCUCAAUGGUUUGUUGGAUCGUAAUACUGCUGUGAGAAAAAAUAAUGCGGUUACCAUUGGACAUAUAGUAGGCUUCGCUAAAGAUUCUAGUCUGGAUAAAUUAUUUAAUACCUUGAAUACAUGGUAUUUGGAACGCGAAGAUGAUGCAAUAAGAUUAGCGAUCGGGCAAGCUUUGCAAUCUAUAAAUAAUUACAAUCAGGAGAAAUUAAAGAAUUAUCAAAAAAUAGUUAUUCCUCUUGCUUUCUUUGCAAUGCACGCAGAAAAGGUACCAGGAAAUGAAAACACUGUUGAAUUAUGGACUGAUUUUUGGAACGAAAUAACUCCCGGGACCGAAGCAGGAAUUAUGCAAAACCUGCCAGCAAUAACCAAUAUUUUACAUACAACUUUGGAAUCAGCAUCAUGGACUACGAAAGUGCAAGCGGCAAAUGCAGUUCAUACCAUUGCCUUAAAGUCAGGUCAUAAUAUUGGUAUAGAUGACAGGAAUACCUUAUUAAAGAUAUUGAUCAAUGGUUUGCAUGGUAGAACGUGGAAUGGAAAGGAACGUCUAUUGAACGCUCUCGCUAUGUUAGCAUGCAAUAGCAAAGAAGCCUUAAAUGCAGAUACUGCGUUAUUAGAUACAAUUGUAGUAACAUUACAUAGAGAAAGUAAGAAAGAGAACGCUGAGUAUCGUCGACACGCGUUACAAGCGUUUGCUAUGGUCUUGCAUGAACUCGAUAUUGAUAGGUUUACGGAAACAUAUGAAAUUGUACAAGAAAUACUGAUUAAGGUAUCUGAUAAAAAUAACGACGACGAGGAGGACACUGCGGAAGAAAAUAGGAAGAAAAAAGAAAAUAACAUAAAGUUGCAAGAAACAAUUUACGAGGUACUUGGGAAAGCAUGGCCUUCCACCAAAGAGACUCAAGAUAAAUACUGCAUAGAAUUCGUGACUCACUGUCAGAAAGUACUGCCAAAUAGUACAAGGUCUGUUCAAGUUACUAUUUUGACAGCAUUAAAUCUCUUUGUGGAUAGACUUGUCUUAUUAAAAAUAAACAAAACGGAAAUGUCAUUAAAAGAUAAAAAACUAUUAGAUCACAUAGGUGAUAGUCUUAAUAAAAUAUUAUCAUAUUGUAUAAAUAUUUCGAAGUUCACCAAAAUUAGAAAAGAAGCAUUAAAUAUAGUUCUUUCGUUAGCAAGAAAAAUGCGUGAGACACAUAAUGAUGAACAACUUGAUAAAAUGACACGGCUUUUGAAAGAACUCUUACCCGAUCUAACGAAGGAUAACCAACCAGAAAUACGGACCAGAGUAACUGAUAUUAAAGAAAUGCUUAAAAUUUAACUAGCACGUACAUAUAUUAAGAAUGUACAUGGUAUCCCAGCUCGAAUUUAUCCUUCGCACACGUCGAUGUAUAUUGCAUACUAUCGUUGAUGUUGGCGAUCUCAAUCUAUAACAAAAGAUUGAUAACUAUGGUUGCGUGUUUAUUUAAUAUGUUAAAUGUAGAUGUGCCUAAUUAUAGUAUUA